AUGGCGGCGGGGUUGGAGGAGGCCUUCGGCGCGGCGGGGGAAUUCGGCGGCGCGCAGCGGCGCCUCACCGCUCUGCUGGUGCUGCUGCAGGUGUACGUGGCGUGUCAGUCCGUGCUCGUUGUGCUGGUCGGCGCGGUGCCCCAGUACCGCGUGGAGCGAAUGGCGCCUGCAGCCGGCGGGGCUCAGCGCGUCCGCUUCAUGAGCAACUUCACCUCCAUCGUGACCGAGUGGUAUCUAAUUGAACAAGAAGCCUACAAAGUGAGCCUUGCAUCAUCUCUGUUUUUUGCUGGAUUGCUUAUUGGAAAUAUCACAUUUGGCCCUUUGUCAGAUAAACUGGGCAGGAAACCAGUAUAUAUCUCAGGUCUAUUUUUUGAUAUUAUUUUUGGGUAUGUCACAGCAUUAGCUCCAAAUUAUGGCAUAUUUGCAGUUUCACGUUUUCUUGUUGGAAUUGUGAAUGGUGGAAUGGCUCUUGUGUCUUUUGUCCUGACACAAGAAUAUGUAGGAAAAUCAUUUUGGUCAUUUACAGGUUCGUUAACUAAUCUGAUGUUUGCAGUGGGCAUAGCUGUGUAUGCUUUACUGGGUUACUAUGUAAGAGAGUGGCGCUACCUGGCAUUGGUGUCCAAUACUCUGGGAGUCAUCUUCUUCUUCCUUUCUUUCAUGCUUCCAGAGUCACCUCGAUGGCUGUACUCCCAAGGGAAAACUGCAGAAGCUGAAGAUGUGAUGCAAUAUAUUGCCCUUGGUAAUGGAAAAGAAAGAUUAAAUCUGAAAUUAAAACCAAGCGCAGGAACUUUGCGGAAGGACGAAUCACCCCCUGGUAUCCUACACUUAAUAAAACACCCAGUCCUUCGGUGGCGAACCGUCAUCCUCAUGUACAUCUGGUAUGUCUGCAGCUUUGUAUACUAUGGGCUAACUUUAAAUGCUGGUGAAUUAGGAGGAAAUCUUUAUUUAAAUGUUGCUCUUUAUGGUCUUGUGGAAGUUCCGGCCUUUCCACUCUGCAUGUUCUUUAUUGAGAAAUCUUGGUCUGGAAGGCGUAAAACUAUGAUGUGGUUUCUGAUAUUUGCAGGAUUUGCCUGUAUAUUUACCAUGUUCUUGCAAAAAAAUGCUGGUUUGCUCCUCAGUCCCACCUUGUUAGCUUUGUGUGGAAAAAUGAUGGUCAGCGCUGCUUUCAACAUUGCUUAUAUUUAUACAUCUGAACUGUACCCAACGGUGCUGAGAAAUGCUGGCCUGGGGGUCUGUUCCAUGUCUUGCAGAUUUGGGGGCAUUUUGGCUCCAUUUGUGCCAACUAUGAAGUCUCUUAGUCCUUCUGUACCGUUCGUGGUGUUUGGAAUCAGUGGGCUGUCUGCAGGAUUCCUGACCUUCCUCCUCCCAGAGACACUAAAUAAGCCAAUUGCAGAGAGCAUUGAAGAGCUCCAGAGUCCCAAAUACAGAGUGCUUAAAGACGAGAAGGCAGAGCGAACCAGCUAGAGGAAAACACGUAGUCUUCAGAAGUUCUUUCUGUAGUGAAUAAUGAAGCCUCCAUUGAGAAGGUGCCGCAACAGCUGAAGGGCAGAGGCUGGUUGUAUGUAUCUGAGCAGGAGUGUUGGAGCACUGAUGUAUAAUGCUGUUUGUAGCACACUGAACAGUUCUAUGCGGAGGCAAUCUGGGAAGAUGGAAAAAGCUGAUCAAAGCUUGAGAAGGAAGAGGUGGCAAAUCUGUGCAUUAAUGUAAAGACGUAACAGAACCAUGCCUCGGAUGUUUGGACUUCUCUGUGACUUCUAAAACUCAAGUAUUCAAUUAAUUCAUAUUACAGAAUAUAAUUGCUAGCUUCAGAUUAAGCUGUAACGCUGCAAUUGAAUUGAAUCAAUACGUAUGGUGUCCAAGUUAGGUGGCAUUGUAUAUUCACACAAGCUGCAGUUGUGGAAAGUACAUGUGCUCUGUAUAUGCUAAUUUUCUCUGCAGAUUUAUUUGCCUUUAACUUACAGAAUAUUUCAUGGUGUGAAGAGACCAAAGAUUUUCAUGUGUUAUUGGUCUUGGUACGUCCAGCAUGAGAAGCUUGAACAAGAGAGUAAAUGAAUUUCCUUGUGGGAAGAAUUUUCUUAUAUGGUUGAGCAUGAAAAGGCAAGUGAAAUUACAAGAAGACAGCAUGGGAAAAGUGAUAUCAAACCUUUAAGGGGAAGAACAAGUACAUUUAAAGGAGAGGAUGAGUAGUCUUUUAGUCAAAGGUUAUUUGGUUUAGCUGUACAUGUUGAACUGGAGAUGAUCAAAUGUGUCAUAUAUUGUAUAAUACAUAUAACCCAAUAAAUUUCCCAUAUGGACUGGAUGCUCUCCAGCACUUAGGUAA